UAAUUCAAAAAUCAAUGCGGGAAAAACUAUGAACAUAUAUGUGUGUUCAAAUAGGACUACAAAUUAGAUCGAACUCACUAGCUUUAUUUGCGCGCUGAUCAUAAGCCCGACCGACUAAAUUCGCAAAAUUCUGUUUUUUUCUUCUCCAUUUUUUGAGCAACAGCACACAUACAGUACAUAUGCAUACACGAUACCGCCAAAGAAAUCUUACUGCAAAAUCUCAACUAACACUCAACAAAUUCCAGCACCAUUCAACAUUAACCAACGCCCUAGAAUUAUCCCGUCGUUUACCUACCAUUUAUAAGAGGCAAAGCUGUUGCUGUUGCUGUUGUCGCUGCUGACGUCAACUUCAUAGCCCCAACCGCAGCCUCAGCCACUAUACGAUCGUGAACGCAUCAGAAAUUUCUACUAAUAACAACAACAAUAAGGCACAUAAUCACGUCGAUGAAUCGAUUAACCAUUAGCCGGCAUUUGUAGAUGUAUUCAUUUGAUGUACACAUGUAUACAUAUACAUUUGAAUGUAUAUACAUACACGUAUGUGUUGUAAGCAGCUUUUCUGUUGAGCCAUUGAGUCGCUGAUCCAUUGAUCCGCAGUUCCGUUGAGUCGCGAAGUCGCUGUGCUGCUCUGCUGUGCCGUAAAUAUUCUAUAAAACUAACGAACUCUUAGCAAUCCACUGUGAUUCUUUCGUACGAGUGCCUACGUGUGCGACAGUAUUGGCUGCGGUUGAUUGAUCGAUUGUUCAUUCAAGUGUUCAAACGUUCAAACUCUUCCUGCCUGGCAGACUUGUAUCCAUUAUACGACAAUCAAUAAACGUCUCCAAAUAAACUUCAACAAGCAAAAAUUCUAGCGGAGGAUCAAACGUAAAUGUGGAGAUACCGCACACAGUACCUUUAGGCAUGCAUACGAGUACAUAUAUAUAUACAUGUGUGUGAAUACCUUCAGUUAAGCUUGCAGCAUUGUAAAAGCCACAUAUAUAUAACCAAAUAAAUAUAUGCACAGCAACAGGCGCAAAGCAACAUCAUAUCUGCGUUCGUUAUACUCGUACAGGCUUGAAGUUAGUUUCUAAUACUUUUUGCCUUGACCACGGAGGAUACUGUUGUUACCAGGGUCGAGUCUCCUUCAUCUGUAUGCCUUGUGAAAAGAUAUCUCACAUUGCGAUCAUCAGCGAGUGUUGCUGUAUAAGUGUGUGUGUUUGAGUGUGUGUAUGCAGUAAAAUAUUUGUGGUUCAAUUGAUCGCUUUCGAUUGCGAACUUAGGCGACCAAUCGCGCAUUUUACGGUCCAUCGAUCGAAUCAGUUUGCUUUCAUCCGCAGUAUUGUGCGUUUAUUAGAGCCGGAAAGAGACGCUAGUAUUUAAAAAAAAAAAACUUUUGCUAUUACCGAACGUUAGUGUUUGUGAUGAAUUUUUGAUUUUAUACUUAAAAAGUAUAUAAAUAUAGAUUUUAAAAUAGACAAAUUGUACACGUGUGAAAAUUAUAUCGAUUGCCGCAAAAAAAAACUUACCUGCUCACAUAAAUUGAUACACAUUCAAGAGUAAUCAUUCAAAAGUGUAAAUUGGAUACUGCGCCACAAAGUUUUCUGAAAUAAGUGAAUAAUUAUAAUCAAAAAUUACACACUCUAACGGAUUAUACACCUAAAACGGGGCAAAUAACACAACACUCAACUACGUAUAGAAUCGCCUGAGUCAUUUCUUGUUGCAGUGAAACUCAAUUGAAAAAACAUGAAAUUCUUCGCAAUAAUUAUUACACUUGCACUGUACGCAUUUGCACUUGUGCACUCGCUGGCGAUAUCCGACACGAAUGUUAAGUGUCAGAUGAAUUGCGAUCUGCAGGACUACAAGCCGGUCUGUGGUACGGAUGACGCUGGUGAGACGAAGUCUUUCAAUAAUUUGUGUAUUCUGAAGACAGAAAAUUGCCUGCGACAACUUUCAUUCCAGAAAACUGCAGAUGGCGAAUGUCCAUAGAUGCUAAUAAAAUGUAAUGUACUAUGCGUACAAUUAAAAAUAACAGUAAACCAGUUCUAAAUGUAAAAGUAGUUAAUAAACUAAGUUCUAUACAUUUUAUUACAAGAUAUGCCAAGCAUUUUUGAAAUUUAUUCAUUAACAACAAUAUGUAUUGUAUAAUCUUUCCGUAAGCACAUUUUCACAUCUGAUUAUUUAUAGCACAUGCAAAUUUUGAAAAAAAAAAAAAAAUUAUAAUAAUUAUACACACAAAUAUAUAUAUAUAUAUAUGUUUAGUAUAACUUGAAUUUAGAUUUGAAUCAAAAUAUAUAAAUAAAUAGCACAGAUUUUAAAUAUAUCCUUCGCCUUCGGCAUAAUGAGUGAAGUUCUUGGUCCAUUACUACGGAAUUCGUUUGUAUAUCCAUCUGCUGUGGAGAAUCAUCGCGUCUGGUGCUGUUUCGGCUGAUGGGUACUUUGUAGUUCUAAGUGGUAUUUGUGUGAUAUUCUUAAGGUUUGAUUUGGUAAAUUCGACAUUUACUGUAAAAUUGCUUACAUAGACAUGUAAAGAAAUUUCAAAUAUAAAUAAAAGGUAUGUAAAAAAA